CGCGACGCUCUGGUCUGGCGCUGAGUUCCUGAGUUGCAUUUGAAUUCAGUGUGUUUCGAACCUCGAACCAGAAAAGGUGGUUUCGUAUUUUAACGGUCUAUAUAACAUAAACGAGAGUCUUAUAGAAGGGGUUGUUCCUGCCACCACCACAACCACCACUACCACCGACAUCGGCAGUUACCAUCAGCAGCAGUACAUUAAUUACGAAUUACAACAACAAAACCGCUUUAAACUUGGAUUAGCUGAAUUAUAAAUUAACAUCCCGCAACACAACUACUACCACUACAAUACUUACCUACGACGACGACGACACUGUUUUUUUAUCUUAUUUUUGUAGUUGGUUUGGUUUGCAGUCGGGGUCGUUUUGAAAAAUUCUAUCCGCCACUUGUUGCGCCAAAGGAAUAAAAAAUGGGGAACUCCGGAUACACAUGCAUACGAAGGACAUUCUGUUGGAUGAACAUCAUAUUGUGGAUAUGCAGUUGCGCCUUCUUGGGUGCAGGUCUAUGGUUAAGAUUAUCAUAUCAAGGCUAUGCCACAUUAUUACCAGAUCAUGAAGCAUUAAGUGCUGAUUCACUGUUUAUAGCAGUUGGAGUUUGUGGAUUUGUUGUGUCGUUUUUUGGAUGUUGUGGAUCAUGGUUCCAAUCACGGUGUCUGCUUAUAACAUACUUCGUUUUGAUUGUGUUUUUAUUCCUAAGCGAGUUCCUAAUCGGUUCAAUUGCAUUCCUAUUCCGUGGUGGAUUAAGUAGAACAUUAGCUAAUGAAUUAAGAUUUGGUAUUGAAAGACAUUAUAAUGCAACAGAUAGAGGUGGAUUGGCAGCACCGUCAGUUGCAGCGAUAUGGGAUACAAUGCAGCAGUCGUUUGAAUGUUGUGGAGUGACGUCAUACGAAGACUGGUACGAUGUCCAAGCAUGGAGUGGCAAACGAUGGGUACCCGAAUCCUGUUGUCGACCCAACUACGAACAAAGAGGAAUGAUAAUUGAAGGCUCCGGCGAUGGUGGUCCAAGGGUUGAUUGUGGGAAAUCUGAAAAUCCAUUGCUGUGGUGGGACAAAGCCUGUGCUCAUUCUCUACACGCAUGGCUUAUUGAAAGACUGCAUGUUGUUGGUACAGUUGCCUUGGUUAUAGCAUUUUUACAACUUUUCGGCUUAAUAACAUCAAUGUUGCUCUUCUGUACGGUGAAACAUAAACGAGAAUCACAAACCUACAAAUCGUAUUCCCCAUCAAUUGAUCCUGCGACAAGGACGAGUAGCUGGGAAGACUGAAGUGUAUUUUAAAAGAAACAACAACAAAAACACAAAACCAUAUCAGAGGAACUCCUUCAUCAAGAGUUUCUCUAUAUAUAUAAAUAUAUAUCUAAAGUGCUAAGCACUCUUCUAGCGGAGCUAUACUAUAUACAAAAGAAAAUUAAAAAAAAAAAACACAAACUACGAAU